GCCGAUCUCGAACACUACGAACGCGAGCGGGUCGUCGGUUUGGGUAAAUACCAUUAUGGGGCUCCCGAAUGCGAUCAGUUUCGCGGAGUACUUCGUAGCGGUCAGACGCCGUUUUCACAGAUUCGUUCGGUAGUGUUUUGUGCCUAUCCAGGAGUAAAACUUAAAGCGGUUGCGAAACAGUGGAAUACGCGAAAAUCACCUGAGGAAACGGAUAAAAGGAGGCGAAGAGUUGAAAAAAUGAAGAUCUACCCGCUCACACUAGCGGUGCUACUGGCGGCAUUGGCCGUCUACAGUACCAGUGGCCAGUGCCUUGCCGAGGACGAUAAUAUACAGCACACCAAGGCGGACAACCCACUCGCGAGAAAUCGCCUCUAUAAAGGCGAAUCGAUCUUCACGUUGAAAUUGCUGGAAGCCGUCAACGCUGCUACGCCAACGGAAAAUGUAUUCUUCUCGCCAUACAGUCUUUACCAUGUGCUACUAUUGAUGUACUUUGGCGCCAAGGAAGAUACCGAGAAAUUGCUUCGCAAAGGUCUCGAGCUACACUGGACCGAAGACAAACCGGUCGUAUGGCAAGCGUACAACAUUGGCAAGAAAUCCCAAAUCGCUAGAUUCAACAUGGAAAAAAGCAUUCAGUUCUCGUCGAUCGAUAAACUGUUCUUCGGAACGCAAAUCCCCAUAGAGGAGUGCAUGGAGGAUAAGUUCUUCGAGGAAAUUCAGAAGCUAGACUUCGAAAGUGACCCCGAGGAACAGCGACUUUACAUUAACAACUGGGUUGAAAAUUCAACUCAUGGAGAAAUCAAGGAUUUACUGAUCCCCGGAUCAAUUACCAAGAACACCAAGCUAGCCAUAGCGAACGCUGCCUAUUUCAAGGGUACAUGGCAGAGUAAAUUCAAACCAGAAAAUACCAAGAAAGAGAUCUUCUACGUUUCGAGUGAUCGACAGGAGUUUGUGGACAUGAUGCACGUUGAGGGAACUUUCAGUCAUGCCGCCAACGAGAAGCUGGGUUGCCACAUUCUGGAGCUCCCAUACAGCGGAGAGGACGAAUCAACCCGGCUGUCGAUGUUUGUGUUCCUUCCCCCGGCCGAACCUAACGCUCUGGAUAAACUGCUCGCUCGGCUCACUUCCGCCACAGACAUCCUGAGCGAAAUUGUCAACGAGGGUAUAUCUCGCCGUGUGGACGUCAAACUGCCCAAGUUCAGCAUCGAAAAGACCGUUGACAUGAAGACCGUCCUGGGCCGACUGGGAAUGGGUCGGCUGUUCGAUGAUAAGGCCAACUACACGGGCUUCUCGUCGAAAACUCGAAUCGGAUUUGAUGAUGCGCAGCAAAAGUCGAAAAUUACGGUGAACGAAGAGGGCUCGACGGCUGCCUCCGGCACGAUUGCAUUCAGUUUCCGGUCGUCGCGACCGGCCGAUCCCGCCAUGUUCCACUGCAACCAUCCGUUUAUCUUCCUUAUCUACGACUAUGCAACGCAAGCGGUUCUCUUCAACGGAGUCUACCGUCACCCGGAGUGAUCUGUGAUUGGCGUCGAUUGCGGGAUGUUUCCUAGUGUUUAGUGUUCUAGUUAGUAAGGAACUAUUUUCGAGCGAUUUUUCUUGAGACCGAGGUGGUUAUUUAUUCAUGGACAAAUUCUACAAUUCCAGCGUCACUGUUAUAUGAUAGGUAUUGAUAUGUUUUCAUAGUGUUUUAAUAUCGAAAAUAAACGGAAAUGUUGUGUGACAAAA